GAAUGGUGCUAAUUCCCGAGAUAGCAUUAGCCAUGUACAAGCAAACCAAACUGCCCAUCUAAGUCGAGCUUUUGGCGUCUGGACGCGGGCAAAGUUUCAAUUUCAAACAUGUGGACUCUCGUUUCUUCAAUACAUCGAGGCAGUGCCCUUUGUUUCGACGAUUCUGCUAUCUACUGUCAUUAGCACGGGCUGGAUUAAUUAUUUCACCGGAAACUUCUACCGCAACACACUUCAUUCCAGAAGAAAGCUCGGUGUCGAGUUGUUACCACUCAACGAUCAGGUGACUACGAAAUGAAGUAUUUGAGAGGCCCGAUUCUCGGGUUUCGUCCAAGACUAAUUCACACUUCUCACUACACAUCACCUUGACUAUAGGACCACAUCACCCACAUCACCAUUCCUCAAAUCGAUUCGGAUAUGACAUCCUCUCAUCUAUCCAAGAUGUCACCGUCGCGCAACUUGAUUGUACCAGGCAUUGCUGGUCUCACAGUCGUAGCUCUCAUCGGUUCAUAUCUCCAUGAACUUCCAAAACGUGGAAGCAUGGACUUCAACAUCGACCCAGCCUUUGAUCUUCCUCGACCACCAACAGAUCUUCCAUACAACAAGACCAGCAACAUCAUUUGCAUGGCAUUCAUGACAGCAAUUGGACUUUCAGCAGUGCUUCUCGGCGCGAGAGACGCCCUACGCUCCCGCACUUUUUUGCCUUUGGUUCUACCGCUCAGCGGCGCUAUGAUCGCGUUCCCCGAGACAUUCAUCGACGUUCUGGGAUGCAUUUACUACCCAUGGAGCGGCCACAAUGCUUCUUUGCACAUUCUUGGUCGUGAGAUGCCGCCGUGGAUACCAAUCUGGUUCGGAUACGGCUCGUUGAUGCAGAUCAACCUCCAACUUUUGACCAACAAGACUUCGACGAGGACUCUGUGGUAUUUCCUAGGCCUAAUGAUGGUCUCCGACCUCAUCGUAGAGGAGAUUCUUCUGCCAAUGGGAGUUUAUCACUACUACGGAAACCAGCCACUGGUCGUUAUCAACAGAUUCCCUUGGUGGUGGAUGGCUCCCAACUCCAUUGGCGUCUUUCUUGCCACGGCACUCGCCUACCGCUACCGGUCUUACCUCGUGGGCCGGAAGGUUCUCGCCGUGCUCUUCCUGACCCCAAUGUCGGUUGGCGGUAUCUACGGCUUCAUCUGCUUCCCGGUCUGGGUUGCUAUUAACGGGGACUACGGCUGGCUCACGACUCAGCUGCUUGGACUUUUGACAAUGGUCCUGGGUUUGGUAACAUUUGCUAUCAUUCUGGAGAUGGUACUUGGAAGAACCCCAUUCAAUUUGGACUCGAAAGAUGACUCAAGCCGUCUGGUCAGAACCUCGGACGAAUCGUCGGACGACGCUUUCCACGAUGACGAAUUCUGAGCACUCUUGCGUUACUCCCUAUGUACUCAACCCAAGCAAUCACGUAUGGCGAAGGGCGUUUUGAUCGAGCCAAAAGAUACCGGAC